CUGUAUCACUACAGCGGAAAUAGAAAAGGCACCGCACUAAGAAUUCGGACACAGCAGUAUCAAUCCCCGCACUCAGAGAACUAAGAAAUAUCGCUAGCUAGCCCGCUAACUGCUGGACAACCGGAGAUCACGUAUGCGGAGAGGAGACAUAGGCAAAAACUAAUUAAUUUCAACCUGGCGGGACUUUUUGGUUGCAUUUGCAAUCCCACAGCACUCGGAGUUACGCGAGUCGGUCGAGUUUGCAAGUUUGCGGUGGUGUGUAGUGUCCCUGCAGGUGUAGCCUACAACCAUGCCCUUUCCGUUCGGCAAAUCUCACAAGUCCCCAGCAGACAUAGUGAAAAACCUGAAGGACAGCAUGUCUGUGUUGGAAAAGCAGGACAUCUCUGACAAAAAAGCAGAAAAGGCUUCAGAAGAGGUGUCCAAAACCCUGCUGGCCAUGAAGGAGGUCCUGUACGGCACCAGUGAGAAGGAGCCGCAGACCGAGGCCGUGGCCCAGCUGGCCCAGGAGCUGUACAACAGCGGCCUGCUCAGCACGCUCAUCGCCGACCUCCAGCUCAUCGACUUUGAGGGUAAAAAGGAUGUGGCUCAGAUUUUCAACAAUAUUCUCAGGAGGCAGAUUGGGACGCGGACGCCGACGGUAGAAUACAUCUGUACCCAACAGAAUAUAUUGUUUAUGUUGUUAAAGGGGUACGAGUCUGCGGAGAUCGCUCUAAACUGCGGGAUCAUGCUGCGGGAGUGCAUCCGGCACGAGCCGCUGGCCAAGGUCAUCCUGUGGUCCGAGCAGUUCUACGACUUCUUCCGAUACGUGGAGAUGUCCACCUUCGACAUCGCCUCGGACGCCUUCGCCACUUUCAAAGAUUUGCUCACGAGACACAAGCUUCUGAGUGCAGAGUUUUUGGAGCAGCAUUACGACAGAUUCUUUAGUGAAUAUGAGAAGCUGCUUCAUUCAGAAAACUAUGUGACUAAGAGGCAGUCUCUGAAGUUGCUGGGUGAACUUCUACUGGACCGGCAUAACUUCACCAUCAUGACAAAAUAUAUCAGCAAACCAGAGAAUCUCAAGUUAAUGAUGAACCUUCUACGGGACAAGAGUCGCAAUAUCCAGUUUGAGGCCUUCCAUGUCUUUAAGGUGUUCGUAGCUAAUCCAAACAAAACGCAGCCCAUCUUGGACAUAUUGCUGAAGAACCAAACAAAACUAAUCGAGUUCCUCAGCAAGUUCCAGAACGACAGGACAGAGGACGAACAGUUCAACGAUGAAAAGACCUACUUGGUGAAACAAAUCAGGGAUUUGAAGAGACCAGCUCCACAGGAGGCCUGACAGCCGGGGCCAGAGCGACUGAGCUGCAUCUGAACAAUAGACCUUUCAGUAGCUGCUGUUCCAAUAUUGAACAUUGAAGCACCCUUAUCGACUCAUGAGGAAUUCUCCUGCUAAUCUGCUGUUCCCCCCCCCAGACUUUUAUUUUGAUGUUCCUAAAAAAAAAAAAAAAGAAAAGAAAAAGAAAACAGUGCUGCUUGAAAACACUUUAGGACAAGAUGUGGACAUACUCCUCAACAAAAAGUCAUUCAAAACAGUGUACACAAACAUAUUUUACAUCUUCAGUGCUAUGUAGUAGACUUCAUGAAAUGAAAUGCACACACAGACACUGAGAGAAACAUGCACAUACUGCUAGAUUUGGUGGAUUGGUGUUGACAAGGUACUGGCAGGGUGAACGUUUUGCUGGUUGCAUGCCUUUUUAAAGAUCUGAUGGAACCAUCUGUGUACUUGCGCCUGCCCUGUUCUUUGCCUGAGUAUUAAGCACAUGCCACCUGUGCUGGUAGAAGCUGCAAUCCUAUGCCUUGAUCUAAAAAAAAAAAAAAAAAAAAAAAAUACAAAAAAAAGAAAUAUUGUGUUUUUAAUGUGAUUACAUGGGAACACAAAACUACAGUGUAAGUUUUACAGAACAAAAUGGUAUGGAACAAUGCCUAAUAUGGGUGAAAAUUAAUCCUGUGUGGGUUUUGGGGUGGAGAGAAGUGGGUGAAUUUGUACAUAAACCUUUUUUUUUUUUUUUUUUUUUGCUUUGUAGAUUUCUUUUUUGUUUCAGAUGACACAUGAAUAUUAUAUAACAUUUUACUUUUUUUUUUUUUUUCCUUCUUUGCUCAUUGAUAAUGAAUACAUUUUGCAAACACAAUGAGCAAUGACAUUUCAUUACCGAGAUGGUUGGAUGGUUUGCUGGUUUUCUUUGUACAUAACUUGAUGGCUAUCUCACAUUACUUUGGAAGAUAUUAAUUUGUACAGCAGAGGAAUGUCUUUGUAUUAGUCUGUAGCUCUUAACCCUUGUAUGUUACUGAGUGUUCCUUGCGGAUUGCAAAAAAAAAGGUGCCGAUUGCUUCAAUAGAGGGCACAACAUUAACAAAUGAGUUUGUGUGGUGCCAAUUAGCCUGAAUAUCAAAAACUGGAUUAUAGAGGCUUUGAGCUGAACCAGAUUGAGCCUCAUGUUUAUUUUGACCCCCAUCUCCUGUGGGGCGAGGGGAGGGAGAACAUUCAAUUUGAUGAUUCUCUCUUGGCAUUUACAAUUCACAAUGGCAGCAGCUUGACUUUCUGUCCAAAACAAGAGGAAACCAAUCGCCAGGGAUGAAAAUUCCAGUACAAUUACUGAAUGAAGUGUGUGCAGCAUUUGUGUUCGUUCGUAUACUUUCCCGAGAUGCACUUCGCCAAAAAGCUCAGAAUGGUAUGGUUCUUGACCCGAAAGGCAACUGAUCAAUGAAAUCUAAUGAAAAAUUGUGUUCACAAGCAUGAACGCCCAACGUAAAUAUGCAGGUGGAUUUACGUCUUGGACAUGAAACUACUGAAAGGGCUGACUUUUUGGUGGUAAAAGUCUCCAGUAAUUAAAUGUAAUGCUGCAAACCAAUUCAUCUUUGAGGUUUGAGUGCUGUUCAGGAGGAAAUGGGCAAAAAUGGAUUGUGAAAGUGCUGUAUCCUAGAACACGAAUACCUUAAAACAGCAUAAUGCUCUGCAUUUCAUUUCACAAACCAUGAUCAUAGAAUGCAACCUCCCAGCACUUCUUAAGGGACAUUUAAACAGCAUGCUCCUUUUAACAGCUAAAUACAGCAUGAUAUUCUGAGACGUUGUACUGGAAAUUUUUGUCAAAUACUUCAAAACAAAAAUCAGCCAUGUUAAAUUCUUAAUUGAAGUCUACUUUAUAGUUCCAGCAUGAAGUACAAGUGUGCUUUUAACAUGUUAAAUCUCCUGGGCCCAAAAGUAAUGACAAAAAAAAAGAGAAUAAAUUUUGAAUAAACAAUUUUGAGAUUGUCUCAUU